AUAUAUCAGCAUAGGCACCCACCCGAGCUGCCAUCGCUCCCUGCGUCCGACCCCUCCAGCUCGGCUUGUGCCUCGUCCCAGCGCGGCCUCCGCAGUUUUCUCACUGAGCAUUGUCUGAGGAGGCGCCGGAGCCCCGAGGUAGAGGGGGAUCGUCCGCAGCGCGCAAGCACCGACCCCGGCCCAGCACCGCCCAGCCAUGUCCGAAGGCAGCGCUCCCGAGUACGCCUCCUUCUUCGCCGUGAUGGGCGCCUCUGCCGCCAUGAUCUUCAGCGCCUUGGGAGCUGCUUAUGGAACCGCAAAGAGUGGCACAGGUAUUGCAGCCAUGUCUGUCAUGAGGCCUGAACUGAUCAUGAAGUCAAUCAUCCCUGUUGUCAUGGCGGGUAUUAUAGCUAUCUAUGGCCUGGUAGUGGCAGUCCUUAUUGCCAACUCCCUUGCACCUGGCAUCACACUAUUCAAGAGCUUCCUUCAGCUGGGUGCUGGCUUGAGUGUGGGCCUCAGUGGUCUGGCUGCUGGCUUUGCCAUUGGCAUUGUGGGUGAUGCAGGCGUACGGGGGACAGCACAACAGCCCAGGUUAUUCGUGGGAAUGAUCCUGAACUUGAUCUUCGCUGAAGUCUUGGGUCUCUAUGGCCUCAUUGUUGCCCUGAUCCUUUCCACAAAGUAAACACCACAGAGUAUGAUAUAAAGAAUUAAACAAACAAACCCACAUUUAAAAC